GCGAGUCGCAGGGAGCCGCGGCGGCGGCGGCGGAGUGAAGCCCCAGGGCCAUGGGGAGCGCGCGCGACGCCAUCCUUCAGGCCCUGGAGGAACUGACCUCCGAUGAGUUAAAGAAGUUCAAACUGAAGCUGCAGUCCGUGGAACUGCGCGAGGGCUAUGGCCGCAUCCCGCGGGGGCAGCUGCAGAGCAUGGACGCCGUGGACCUCACCGACAAGAUCGUCAGCUGCUACACGGAGCACUACGGCGCGGAGCUCACGGAGCAGGUGCUGCGCGCCACAGGCUUCCUGGAGCAGGCGGAUCAGCUGCGGGACGCGGCGCCCGCGGACGCCAGGAUGGACCCUGCCUCGGCGGCCGCGCCCGUAACGACUGCACAGACAGCGGUGCAUUUCGUGGACCGGCACCGGGCAGAACUCAUAAACCGGGUGACCAACGUGGAUGCGCUCCUGGAUGCCCUUUAUGGCACGGUGCUGAGGGAGGAUGAAUACCAGGCCGUGCGGGCAGAGGCCACCAACCAGAACAAGAUGAGGAAGCUCUACAGCCUGAUGCCUGCCUGGACCCUGGACUGCAAGAACCAGCUGCUCACCGCCCUGCAGAGCAGCCACCCGUUCCUGGUCAGGGACCUCGAGAAGCGCUGAGGUCCCUGCCCAGCACAGGC